UAUGCAAAAUACUGAUACCUGUAUGAAUCGGAUGAUUGGUUUUCAGCUUGAAUAAUUCAAUUAUGUAACCAUGAAGUUCAAACAGAAUUACUAAAUGAUUCGAGCUUGAGAUAUCAGGGGCCCUGACACAAAUCAUGCACAGUUCGCUUCUCUAGUGUCAAUUGUUUGGAUCGCAUACGAAAAUGCAAUCCAAAAUAUGUUUUGGUGCUAUCACAGUUCUAUUCAGCAUUUUGAUCUGUGCAAAAACACAAAGCAUCGAAAAGAUACACCGUUCAUCGUGCAGAAGAGAUGUUCUAAUGAAAGCAACUGACCGUGAUAAAAAGUUGACUGGCACUGCGCAAAAUACCAUAUUGGAGAUCCACGCCGACAGGCUUUCACUUUGCGCAAAGAGGUGCACAGGGGCAGAGAAGUGUAUGACAAUCAAUUACAAGAAGUUUCCUGCCUCUUUGCAAGAGAAUAAUUGCCAACUGCUGGAUAUUUCGAAAGCAAAUCAAAGCAUUUCAUUGACAAAUGCAUCAGGAUGGAUUCACUAUGAACAAGUAGCACAGGCAAGCCCUCGCUGUCGUUUAGUUAAUUGCAGUGUUGGGUACGCAUGUGUAGAAACAUGUUCGGUUCUGAAAGGCUAUAAUUGCAUAGAAAUCGACGAGUGUGCAAGUGACCCUUGUCGAAAUGGAGCUACAUGCAUCAACGGUAUCAAUAAGUUUACUUGUAUCUGUCUGCCAGGAUACACAGGAAACCUUUGCCAGUCAGACUUAAAUGAAUGCGUUAGCCAGCCUUGUCAACACGGGGGAACUUGCGUCGAUGCUAUCAAUCAGUUCAGUUGUAACUGUGUACCAGGAUAUGUUGGAUCAUUAUGCCAAACAGAUUACAACGAGUGUUCUAGCAACCCCUGUCAAAAUGGAGCUACUUGCCAUGAUAAAAAAGCUUCUUACAGUUGCACAUGCAGAGAAGGUUACUCGGGCACCUACUGUUCAGAGCGCCUUGCAUCAAGGUACACGAUAGAUUUGACAAGCGUGGAUUGGUACAAAGCCCGUGAGAACUGUCAAAGAAUUGGAAGAGACCUUGUUAUUAUCAAUUCUGCAAGCGAGUAUGAAUUUAUUAAAAGUCUCACUAGUUCCCAUUCUACGCGGUCCUUCUGGAUAGGUUUCAGUGACAUGACAGCACGAGGAGGUUUUGGAUGGAUCGACGAUUCUUCACCUUCUUUUCUGCAGUGGGCCACAGGUGAACCCCAAGGUGACAACGAGCGUUGUGUAGAAAUGAGAAUAGAGAGAGACUGGAACAAUAUAGUGUGUUCAUACUCCAUGGCUUUUAUUUGUGAAGUUGUUGAUAUUCCAUAUGGCCUAGUUACUGAGAAGAAAACAUGGCUAGAUGCCAAAAACACAUGUUCACAGUGGGGCAAGGAGUUGGCAGUGAUACAGACCGAAACCGAGCAGAACAUUAUCCAUGGCAUUGUAUCUCCUUACGCUUCAGAUAUGAUUUGGAUUGGCCUACAUGACAUUGGUCACGAAGGCACAUUUGUGUGGGUUGACGGCUCUUCUCCGGGAUACACUAAAUGGAUCAUUGAUAACCCUGACAACUACAACGGUAAUGAAAAUUGCGUUGAGCUGGUUGAAGUUGACAGGCGAGAGGUUGGAAUGAUCAAAAUUGCGACCAAUUAACCAAUGCAGUUUGUGAAGAUAUCGACGAAUGCAAAAGCAACCCCUGCCAAAACUCGGGCAGUUGCAGCAAUCAUGUGAAUAGAUACACCUGCAAUUGUUUAGCAGGUUACAGUGGAAUCAAUUGCGAAACAG